AUGCCAUUCCCCAACUGCAGAGCCAACCCUGUGUGGCUGGACCCCUUCUGCCGGAACCUGGAGCUGGCUGCACAGGCUGAACACGAGGAUGACCUCCCUGAGAACCUGAGUGAGAUCGCAGACCUGUGGAACAGCCCCACCCGCACCCAUGGAACUUUUGGACGUGAGCCCGUGGCAGUCAAACCCGAAGAUGACAGAUACCUGCGGGCAGCCAUCCAGGAGUAUGACAACAUAGCCAAGCUGGGUCAGAUCAUUCGAGAAGGACCUAUUAAGGGCUCGCUGCUGAAGGUGGUCCUGGAGGAUUACCUACGGCUCAAAAAACUCUUUGCACAACGGAUGGUACAAAAAGCCUCCUCCUGCCAUUCCUCCAUCUCCGAGCUGAUCCACACUGACCUGGAGGAGGAGCCUGGCGACCACAGCCCAGGCCAGGGCAGCCUCCGUUUCCGACACAAGCCACCCACGGAGCUCAAGGGGCCAGAUGGAAUCCACAUAGUUCACGGUAGCACGGGCACACUGCUGGCCACUGAUCUCAACAGCUUGCCUGAGGACGACCAGAAGGGGCUGGACCGAUCACUGGAGACUCUGACAGCCUCUGAAGCCACUGCCUUUGAACGCAAUGCCCGCACUGAGUCGGCCAAGUCCACCCCUCUGCAUAAGCUUCGAGACGUCAUCAUGGAGAGCCCCCUGGAAAUCACGGAACUGUGACGGACAGCAAGGCUUGCUGCUGAAGCAGGGCCAUGGCUGGCCCUUCGCCCAGUGCAGCAGCCUUUGUGAGUGACCCUGGGCUGGCCCUGGCAGCCUGCACAGUUGCUCAGAAUUGCAUCCUGCCAGAAACUGAUUCAGCAUCUGAUCUCUACCUUCAUAAAAUUGGUUAUUUUUUUAAGAAAACUUUAAAAAUGCUAAGUGUCUAAGGACAAGGCAAGGACGAGCGCUGGGGAAGCCCCAGAGACUGAAGACCAGCUCGGCUCUUCCCGAUGCCUCCAAGGAACAGGGGUCCAGCACAGAACUGACAACCCAGCUGACCCACCCCGCCUCAGUUCAAGCCCCACUGUACUUCUGCCUCUGGACAUCCGGGCGGCUCCCUGCCCCUGCACACACACGUGGAUGAGGCAACCAAGCGUCCAUCCCAUCUCCCCUCAUCGUCUUGAGGUGCCCAGUUGACAUGACUGAUGUCCCCUGGGUUUUGAAUAUAGAGUGUUUGUGUGUAUCCCUUUUCUAAAUUAAGUUAUCCCCUCAAGAUUUCCUCCAGGUUCUGUUUAACUGAUACUCAGUCAAAGUUUCUGGAAUGCUCUGUUUAAAAAGAAAAGCAACUCACAUGGAACCAGCAA